AGUGGGUCACAGUCUGGCCCUUUCUCCCGGCACUUUCGCUGAUGUGCUUUCGUUCCGGUCUCCAUACAAUGCCUUUCUUUUGGCAUAUUUCGAUCUUCGGAGCUCAAGUUCGUUCCCUUGACUAGAUGGAGCUGCGGAGCUCUCUCCGCGUGAUUGGCAAGGACGAUUUCGUUGCAAUCCGUUUAUCUUGUGUCGGUCGGUCUUUCCUGCGGCUCUCAUGUUCUUCCUCGUAUAUCUUGAGCGGAUUGUCUUAAUUUCAAGAAGCCACCGAUUGUAAGUUCAUUCUGAGAUGCAGUCAGCUGAACUUCUUUAAAAACGGAGGAUUUCCUCCCGGCGCAGAUUCGAUGAGCUCGGCAGAUUUCACGAGAACGACUGCCCCCGCUGUCAGGUCUAAGUCUGUCCGAGGAACCGAAGAGGGAAGCCCAUGGAGCAUCGACUCGAAAGAUCGUGAUGUUCAAAUUAGAGUAAUCCGGGAAGCGCAGGCGAUGCGAGCAGUCAUCGCAAGCUUCUCGCUAAGGCACCCGCCGGCCAGGCGCUUUUAGGCUCAUGACCGGAUCGCGGAACAUCCAAAUCGUGUGACGACAAAUCCGACCCACUGGGCGAAAACGAAUCCGCUCACCGACAAUCGGUCAACUCGACGACUCGCUGCGCCAAAUCGAACCACUCGAGCUCGCGACGAUAUCUCCAACCGUGGGCUCAAUUGAGUCGCGGCCCACCUCUUUCCCUCUCGCUCCGCCAUCGCUGCCCAGACACAAAUCCCCUCGGCCCCUCCCCUCCCCUCGCCUUCCAAUCCCUCCGGAGCACCAGAUCACGGCGGCCGAGCCGGGCCCAGCGCCACCCCCAUCUCCAAGGCUAGGCCGAGCCGAAACGAGCCGAGCUGAGGUAUGGAGUCGAAGCUCCAAUGAGCUUCGGGCGGAGGACGGUCAUGGGAUGGGGCCCACGAUCGGAAGUGGCAGGAGAGCUGGCGAGGGGGAGGGCGCCAAGGGUCAAGGGGGAAGUACUCUUGAAGCCGAGACGAACGAAGAAAGCUUCGAGGGAAUGAGCGAAGGAACGAAAGAACGAAGGCCCAGCGCAGGGUAUUGAAGGGAAUUGAAGGGAAGUGAAGGGAAGGAGCUCGAAUGUAGCGGAGGGUCGAAUAAACAAGGAAUAGAGAAAGUGCGGACGCUGUACGAGGAGGAGGGGGAGGAGGGAGGGGGAAAAGGGGACCCGCGGUGGGAGGGGGAGAAGAUCUGGGGAGGAAUAUUCGGGUUCGAAGGAACACGCACAAUGAAUGCACGAAUGAUCCGACGAAUGAUUCUGCGGGGCUUCAUGUGACUGUGAAUGAUGCCUCGGGUACGCUCGCGCGCAGUGCAUUUGCACAUCGCUCGACGCCGCGAUAAACCAACCGCCAUCGUUGACGAUGCAGGCCAUAAAGCUAGGGUGAUUACGGCACCUUCUGAUUCUUAAGCUCUGGCCUGUAUUCAACCUCGCCCACUCGUUCAUGCAGUGACAGAAUUUUUCAUGCGAUGGAUUGAUUCUCGUCUAACCUCCUCCUCCUCCUCCGCCGCCUGCUUCCUUCCGCCCCCCGAACUCUAUCAAACGGAAAUUCUUGACGCGCAAUCAGCCUCACCUACUCUCAGAUCUCAUGAGUAUCAUGGAUGCAGGGAGUCGCAAACCCCGUAAUGACGUGAAGCAGUGGGUUCUGCGGGGAAAGUGGAAAGAGAAGUUGAAGGAGAACGUCGUGCAGAGAGUGAAGCGGGAGAGAAAUCAGCUUCUCUGGGAUAUUCGACUGGUUGCUGCCCCUGCCACAGCCAACUCAGUCACAAAUGACAUCGUAGGAUCUGCAUUUGAGCAGAUCGUCGCCGACGAGCUGCUGAAGGUGAAGCAUAAUGAAGCUUUCCAAGGACAGGAUGGACAUGAUGUCAAUACAAAGCAGGAUGGAGAGGACAUGCUUUGGGAAUAUGACGGUCCUGAUGCAACAGCUGAACUCGGGGAUGAAGAGUACGAGGCACUCAUGCUUGCUAUGGAGCACGCUUUGUAUGAAGACUUGCAUUCAGAGCGUGUGGGCAGAGGUACUGGUUACUCUUUGAUGAGAAGUUUUGUGAAGAGCAUGACAAGCACCGAGAGUGAGGCCAGUAGUUUUUACUUCCGAGUCUAUAAUCCAAUGCCAAAGCUGCUAUUCUUGAAGAGUAUGAAGCCGCACAUGCUUUUGAGGAUGAAUCACUUGCUGCUGUAGUGGAACAUUGGCAAGAACACGAGGAGGGGGGACUUCUUUGUCCGCUUUGUCGAACACGGCGCUUGCAAAAGUCCAAUCGUGUAAUAUAUUGUGGUUGUGGAGGCUUUCGAAUAGAUACCAAGCAUGACCAGGUCGGUUUAGACUAUUUGCAGAGGCGCUUAGCAGAAGUUCUUCAGGAGCAUAUCGAUUCUAGCUGUCGUGGUCAAGCCACUUUUUCUAUACAGCAUCGUUUCGGCAUAGCAGCCCUCUACAUGCAAUGUGCUGUUUGUGAUUGCUUCCAGUUGGUGCUGUGACAUAUGCCAGCAAAUGGAGGACCGUACAUAGACAAUCUUUUAGUACAGGAGGAAGAAUGCUUUGACCAAGUGAUCUUCCAUAGAUUAGGUUGUAGAAAGACCACUUUCCAUGUGGUAAAUCCAAAAGAAGCACUGUUUUGAACAUUGCAAUGAACAGAGUACAUUUCGUUUUUCAUGAUCACAAAACUUUGGUACUUGCACGUG